AUGACGUCUGAGGAGCUUGUGACGUUUUCAAGUGCGACGACAAUAACAAAACUCGGUCCCAACGUGUACGGAGCCAACUUGGUUCCCAGCUGGUGCACAGGCUCAGAGGUCGUCGCCUACUUGAUCAAUACGCGCUUGACUGUCGAAAAGGGCCUAACGCUGGAGAGUGGCUGGGCAAUGACUCCGCCAGCCAAGACCGCCGACUUCUGCCUUCUCGGCCAGGACAAGGACCCCCACUGGGUGCGGAAGCUAAAGUUGAACGCUCGCGCGACGUCCUACGCCCGCGCUCAUAAUAAUCUCGAGUAUUACGUUCCGCGCGAGGACCCACGUCGUGGAAUCGUAGAUCUCUGGUUGCGCUUGAAAGACGGCCAGAGGUUCACGAAUGCAUCGCUAGGCUACGUCGUGGACGCAUAUCCAACAGUAAUAGAGGCAUGGAGGCCGAAGCGCGAUGAGGAACAGACACCUUUCCGGUCGAACGAGAUGUUUUGGUACCCUACCCUCGCUCUGAACUUGGACGUGAAGAAGGCUUUGCCAGAGGAUGGAGCGGAGUGGCUCUUCCUUCGGACAAUGGCAAAGGUUAUCCGGAAUGGCAGACUAGAUCUCGAGGUUAUUGUUCUAGACCAGGGUGGAGAUGUUGUCGCUUUGAGUACACAUGUGAACAUGGUUUUGCCCGCUGAGAGAAACUUGAAAGAAAGGAGCCACUCAAAAGCAAAGAUUUAG